CCAAAAUAUGGUAAUUCACCAAACAAAAACGUUUACUAAACUCACUCAAAACAAGUCUUACGUUUCUUUCGUAGAAAUACAGAAAAUGAAACUCCAACAACCUUAAAUAGUCCAAAUCUCUUGCCACUCCUCCAAACAACACAAUUAACUCAUCAAAUCAAAACUCUAGAUUCUCCAAAAUUCUCAAAUCUCAAAUCUCAUUUCAAUUAAAUCAUCAUCAUAACCCAAAUCUCCUUCAUAAUCAUAACUUCAUUCCCAAACCCAAUUCACCAGUCACCACAAACACACCCAAAAAAACAACAAUGGCUGUAUCCGAAGGUGUGAUGAAAAAAGUGCUUCUUUCAUACACAUAUGUAUCCAUAUGGAUUUUACUAAGUUUCUCAGUGAUUGUCUAUAACAAAUACAUUCUUGAUAAAAAAAUGUACAAUUGGCCAUUCCCAAUAUCACUAACAAUGAUUCACAUGGCUUUUUGUUCUUCUCUUGCUUACAUCCUCGUAAAAGUCUUCAAAAUUGUUGACCCAAUUUCAAUGUCUUUAGACACUUACCUUAAAUCUGUGGUCCCCGUUGGUGCACUUUAUUCUCUCUCCCUUUGGUUCUCAAACUCUGCUUACAUUUACCUCUCAGUUUCAUUCAUUCAAAUGCUUAAAGCACUUAUGCCGGUCGCCGUUUACUCUAUCGGCGUUUCGUUUAAAAAAGAGUCUUUUAAGAAAGAAACCAUGAUCAACAUGGUUUCUAUUUCACUUGGCGUCGCUGUAGCGGCUUAUGGCGAAGCCAAGUUUGAUGUUUUUGGCAUUACGCUGCAGCUCAUGGCUGUAGCGUUUGAAGCUACGCGCUUGGUUUUAAUUCAGAUUCUUUUGAACUCAAAAGGGAUUAAGUUGAAUCCUAUUACUUCACUUUACUACAUUGCGCCGUGUUGUUUGGUUUUUUUGACGUUUCCUUGGUUCGUCAUGGAGUACCCGUUGUUGAGGGAUAAGUCGAGUUUGAGAUUCGAUUUUUGGAUUUUUGGAAGUAAUUCUUUGUGUGCUUUUGCUUUGAAUCUCGCUGUGUUUUUGCUUGUUGGGAAGACUUCGGCUUUGACUAUGAAUGUUGCUGGUGUUGUGAAGGAUUGGCUGCUUAUUGCAUUUUCUUGGUCUGUGAUUAAGGAUACCGUUACACCGCUCAAUUUGAUUGGUUAUGGACUUGCAUUUUUAGGGGUUGCAUAUUAUAAUCACUGUAAGUUGGUAGCUCUAAAGGCCUCUGAGGCUCAGAAAAGUGUUCAGAAAGAUGAUUUUGAGGCUGGAAAUUUGUUGGAAGAGAGAAAUGGGAAAGAAGAUGAAGAAAGUACAAGGAAGAAUGAGAAUGGGAACUGACAGAAUUGUUUAUCUGAAUUUUGGGUACAAAAAUUGUUAUUUAUGUCAUUAUUAUUAUUAUGUAUUUUCUUUGUAUUCAUAUCUGGUGAUAUAGUCCAUGUUUGGGGCUGAGACUAUGGAAUGUCCCUUUUAAAUUUUAAUGAGUUUAUGACUAGUGAAUGAAUUAGGCAUUAUGGAUAUUUACCAAACAAAUUGUAUGGAAAAAAUUAUGGAUGAUGAGCAGAAUUCAUGGUUGUUAACUUCAUUUCA